AAAUUUCUUUUGAGGAACAACGAAGACCCAAAUUGUUGUUAUUUUUUAUUUAAUGAGUGAAUGAAGCUAUAAAUAAAGACGCAGUUCUCUCACCAAACAAAAAUAGAGGAGAGUUCGCAAACUUCUUUUUCUUCAUCUACACGAAGCACCAAUCCGUUAACGCGUUGAUCCUGAAAGGCGAAGGCGAGCAAAGAGGGACAGAGAAGGAGUGAUGGAUUAUGAACUGCGAAGAGCGAGAGAGAAGCUAGAGAGAGAACAGAAGGAGAGGAAGGAGAAGGCCCGGUUGAAAUUGGAGAGGGAAAGGAAGGCUAAACGAGAGGCUAGGAAUCAAAGGGAAGCCAUUGAAGCUGCUCAGAGAUCUCGCCGUAUUGAUGCAGCCGAGGCUCAACAAAAGGCUGAGGAACAGAUGCAAGAAAGCUUACUUGCUGGAAGAGGAGUCGUGUUUUACCGUCUAUUAGGUGCUGUACCUUGUCAAGGUAAUGGUGAUAAGAUCAAACUGCCACCUUCAUGCUUCACAGAAUUGUCUGAUCAGGGUGCCCUUGAUAAGGGACCCAUGUACUUUCGAUUGUCAAUAGUUCAUGAGGAGGGUUCUUCGGGCAUGAGAGCUACUGAUGAAGAUAAUCAAGGGGCCACCCAUUCAGGAGUUUUAGAAUUCACUGCUGAUGAAAGUUCAGUAGGUCUUCCUCCUCAUGUGUGGAAUAAUUUGUUUGCGGAUGUUAGUCCUAAGUCUCCAUUAGUAGAGGUCCGCUAUGUUGGGCUUUCAAAGGGGACUUAUGCAAAACUUCAACCUGAAAGGGUAGGAUUUUCUGAUUUGCCAAAUCAUAAGGCCGUCCUUGAAACAAGUCUUCGGCAACAUGCAACUCUUUCUCAAGGUGAUAUUUUGACUGUCAACUAUGGGGAACUUGCAUAUAAAUUGAGGGUGCUUGAAUUGAAACCUUCCUCAAGUGUAUCUGUCUUAGAAACAGAUAUUGAAGUUGACAUUGUUGAUCCUGAUACAAGCUCAGAAAAGAGAGAUCAGCAUGUUUUACUCCCACUUGAAUUCGGGGUGUCAAAAUCUGGAAUGGUGGAUGAAGAAAAUUUUGUAUACUACAAAUUCUCAAUAGACAAUGGCAUCUGGGAGAAAAUCAUUGCUGACAAUUCCAAUGUUGAGGUAAAAUUGGAAGGUGAGACAGGUAGUGGAGACACUGAUCUUUUUAUAUCUAGACACCCUCUGAUAUUUCCUACUCGACACCAGCAUGAGUGGUCAUCGCAUGAUGUUGGCUCAAAGGCUUUGAUUCUUAGCUCUGAGGAUAAAAACUUUGGGGCUGGGACGUACAGCAUUGGAGUAUUUGGAUUUAAGAGAACAACCAAAUUCAAAAUAUCAGUGGCAAUACAGGAAAUUUUCCAUCAAAAAAUAGGUCGACAAGCAUCAUCGUCCAUGUCAUAUACAGAGACAGACACUGAACAGUGCCGGAAUUGCAAGCAUUACAUACCUAGUAGGACUAUAGCAUUGCAUGAAGCUUACUGUAGCAGACAUAAUGUUAUAUGUCAACAUGCUGGUUGUGGAAUUGUUCUUAGGAUUGAGGAGUCCAAGAACCACAUUCACUGUGACAGGUGUGGUAAAGCUUUUCAGCAGGGAGAAUUGGAAAAGCACGUGAAGGUUUUCCAUGAGCCUCUUCACUGUCCUUGUGGUGUAGUCCUUGAGAAAGAACAAAUGGUUGAACACCAAGCUUCAGAGUGUCCCAUGCGUUUAAUUGCAUGCCGCUUUUGUGGUGACAUGGUUCAAGCUGGAAGUUCUGCUGUUGACAUCCGUGACAAGAUCAGAGGGUUAACUGAACAUGAGAGUGUUUGUGGAUCUAGGACAGCCCCAUGUGAUUCUUGUGGGCGUUCAGUGAUGUUGAAGGACAUGGACAUUCACCGGAUUGCUGUUCAUCAGCAUGGCUAACUUUGAUGAUGUACAAAACCCUUGCUUCUUUACCUGAGGAGGAAAGGCUCUUGAUUGCUGAACGAAAAAAAAAAAAAAAAAAAAGGGGGGGGGGGAUAUUGGUAGGCAGAAUCUGGAGCUGAAUCUUUUGUGUCUUGUUACCUGGGUACAUAAAAUAAGUUUGGGGGGGGGGGGGGAGAUAUUGGAAGGCAGAAUCUGGAGCUGAAUCUUUUGCCUCUUGUUAUCUGGGUAGCUGAUUGGAUUGAUAUACUGUCAGAUUUUCAUGUGAUAAAACAAAGUUUUGCACUGUGGUCUGGGAGAUGUGUGUACUUGUUUAUCCUGCGCUUUGAACUUUUGAAACUUGGGGGCUUGAUUCAUUCCGGCGCUGUCUUUCUGUUGCCUGAAAUUAUUCCAAGCGCCUCCCUGCAAUGGUUUCAACAUGAUUACCAAUUGAUGGCGUUGUGUCGCCAACUUGUAUUUGCGAUAAAAGAUUUAGAGCUUUGUGUGGUUUCCCACUUCACACCUCAUAUUGGACAUCAAUUUUUUCAUUAAUUAAGGAAAAAUGGUAGACCCUGUUGAUAAUA